GAAACACGGCUGAUAUAUGGCCCAUGGCUCUCCCAGGCUCUGUGAGGUUCUUGCUAUGACCGCAGUCCCCUCGCGGAGCCAGGACCGCUCCCUGCCGCUGCAGCCUCUCCAGGCGCCCGCCCAGCCCGGCCCUUCCUCCGCCCCGAGCCACCAUGGGCAGCGUCAGCAGCCUCAUCUCCGGCCACGGCUUCCACAGCAAGCACUGCCGGGCGUCGCAGUACAAGCUGCGCAAGUCCUCCCACCUCAAGAAGCUCAACCGCUAUUCCGACGGGCUGCUGAAGUUUGGCUUCUCCCAGGACUCGGGUCAUGGCAAGUCUAGCUCCAAAAUGGGCAAGAGCGAAGACUUCUUCUACAUCAAGGUCAGCCAGAAGGCGCGGGGCUCCCACCGCCCAGACUACACGGCGCUGUCCAGUGGGGACCUCGGGGGCCAGGCCGGGGUGGACUUUGACCCAUCCACCCCACCCAAGCUCCUGCCCUUCUCCAAUCAGCUAGACAUGGGCUCUGAGAAGGGCGCGGCGAGGCCCACAGCCUUCAAGCCCGUGCUGCCGCGGUCAGGGACCACCCUGCACUCGUCCCCCGAGAGCGCCAGCCACCAGCUGCACCCCGCCCCUCCGGACAAGCCCAGGGAGCAGGAGCUGAAGCCCGGCCUGUGCUCCGGGGCGCUGUCCGACUCCGGCCGCAACUCCAUGUCCAGCCUGCCCACGCACAGCACCAGCAGCAGCUACCAGCUGGACCCGCUGGUCACCCCCGUGGGGCCCACCAGCCGUUUUGGAGGCUCGGCCCACAACAUCACCCAGGGCAUCGUCCUCCAGGACAGCAACAUGAUGAGCCUGAAGGCCCUGUCCUUCUCCGACGGCGGGAGCAAGCUGGGCCACGCGAGCAAGGCGGACAAGGGCCCCGCGUGCGUCCGCUCCCCCAUCUCCACGGACGAGUGCACCAUCCAGGAGCUGGAGCAGAAGCUGCUGGAGAGGGAGGGCGCGCUACAGAAGCUGCAGCGCAGCUUCGAGGAGAAGGAGCUCGCCGCCGCCGGCCAGGCCUACGAGGAGCGGCUGUGGCGCUGCCGGGAGGAGCUGGAGGGCGCGGAGCCCAGGUGCGGGAAGCUGAAGCAGGCCUCACAGAAGAGCCAGCGCGCGCAGCAGGUGCUGCACCUGCAGGUGCUGCAGCUGCAGCAGGAGAAGCGGCAGCUGCGGCAGGAGCUCGAGAGCCUCAUGAAGGAGCAGGACCUGCUGGAGACCAAGCUCCGGUCCUACGAGAGGGAGAAGACCAGCUUCGGCCCCGCGCUGGAGGAGACCCAGUGGGAGGUGUGCCAGAAGUCGGGGGAGAUCUCCCUCCUGAAGCAGCAGCUGAAGGAGUCCCAGACGGAGGUGAACGCCAAGGCGGGCGAGAUCCUGGGCCUGAGGGCGCAGCUGAAGGACACGCGGGGCAAGCUGGACGGCCUGGAGCAGAAGACGCAGGACCUGGAGGGAGCCCUGCGCACCAAGGGGCUGGAGCUGGAGGUGUGCGAGAACGAGCUGCAGCGCAAGAAGAACGAGGCGGAGCUGCUGCGGGAGAAGGUGAGCCUGCUGGAGCAGGAGCUGCUGGAGCUGCGGGCCCAGGCCGCCGUGUCCCGCGACGCGCCCGCCGCCUUCCCGGAGGACAUCCCCGCGCUGCAGCGGGAGCUGGAGCGGCUGCGGGCGGAGCUGCGGGAGGAGCGGCAAGGCCACGACCAGAUGUCCUCGGGCUUCCAGCACGAGCGGCUGGUGUGGAAGGAGGAGAAGGAGAAGGUGAUCCAGUACCAGAAGCAGCUGCAGCAGAGCUACCUGGCCAUGUACCAGCGCAACCAGCGGCUGGAGAAGGCGCUGCAGCAGCUGGCCCGCGGCGACGGGGCCGGGGAGCCCCUGGAGAUUGACCUGGAAGGGGCUGACAUCCCCUACGAGGACAUCAUAGCCACCGAGAUCUGAGAGGCCGCCUCGGGGAGUGAGGCCUGGGGACCCGGCCCUGGGAGGCAGGGGCUGAGCCCGUUCGAGGAGGGCUCCCCUCCCCAGCGCCCCGGCUCAGUGGCUGCGGCCCCUCUGAAAGAAGCCACCCCUGGGGCACAGGCCCAGGGCCCUGAGUGUUGGGCAGGGUUGCAGGAUGGCCUUCUGUCCCGUGUCUGAUGUCCCAGCGCUCACCAACCCUGCAGCCUGCCGGACCUCGGGCUCGGACUCCUGUGGCUGUCCCAAAGGAUGGGUCCAGGGAUCCCCGUGCUUUGGUAAAGGGCUCCCUAAACCUGCCUUUGUUCAGAACAGUCAGAGAGACACCCCCCCCACCAGGGAAGGUGGCCACUGCCCUGAAGGCCACACGGCCACGCCAAGAAUGAAGAUCCCUUUCACCUCUCAUCCCAAGCCCCUUCUCCCCGUGGACGCACCGGAAUGCCUUGGGAAUAGAAAGAAGCCAUUUGUGACCAGAAGCCUUGGAGCCUGACCCGUCAGGACCUGAGCUGCUUUUCCUCUGGCCUCAGAGAGAGGGUUGGGAGGGGCUGUGGGGAGCCUGGCCCAGCACCUCUGGGGCUGUCCCAACCCCAGCCAGCCACAGAAAGGAGGGGACAGCUGGGCAGACCCGGCCAGACCCACAGGAGGUCAGAGGGAGAAGCAAAGUCAUGUCAGCCAGGGGCAGGUGGGACCAGCCAGAGCCUGGGGCCCCGCGCUGCCUGCUGGUCCCCACUAACCAGAGCUGAGCAGCCUCGGGGCAGCUGGUGGCCUUUGGCCUCAGUGCCCACCCUUCCAAAAGCCAUAGACACUGAGGCCCGGGGGUGGGCUCUGGGAAGAGAAGGUUGAGGUCACCGUGACACAGAGGGGGUGGCUUUCCAGUCGUCCCAGGGGAGUCCCCGGAUCCCUCCCACUGGGGCUAGAGGCAGCGGUUUCCCCACCUGGUUUGGAGUUGGCCGGUGGCUACUCUGGAAUGUUAUUUCCUUCCCCCAAAUCAAGGUUUUCCUUGGAUGCAGAAUAACCCGUAUGCACUGAGGUGGCGCAUGUGUGAUCUGGGCGUCCCCCUCCUUUGCCUGUGGCCAGAUGCAGUGGGUGACCUCUCCCCUCCGCACCUUCAGUGCCAAGUUCUGGGUCUUCACGGGUCAGGACGGGUCCCCAGAGUGCCCGUGGGCCAGAGCCCCGGGCAGGGAGAAAAGGUGCACGCAGCAGUACGCACGGCCCCGGGCCACCACUGUCCUGUCCUCUCUCCCCUGGAGCCCCCCGGCACCCCCAGACUGUAAAGGAUCCCGACGGCAGCAGUGUUUCUCAGGGGCCCGGGCACUGCCCGGGGAAGGCCGCGGUUUCUCUCUUGAAGAUGUGCAGAGCUGGAGGUGGGGGGAGAAAGGUAGACAAGGUAGAGUUUUGGAGUUGCUUGGUUCAGGGAAUUUUCUCUUUUUCUUUCUUCUUCUUCUUCUUCUUCUUUUUCCUUUCUUGUCUUUUCAGAGGCAAGCCAGACCCAGCAGGCUGUUCUCUGUUCUAUAUUUGACUCUAGCCACAGCUGCUGUUCUUAGGACAGACAGCCCUGCUGGAUCCUGCGCCUCCCGCCUGCCUGCUGAGCCGGGAGAC